AUGGCGGCCGCGGCGGGCGGGGCGGGCCUGGGGUUUGCAGGCACCGGGAAGGUGCUGGGGAAGAUGAUAGAGGGGAUGGCGUCCCCCGUGUGGGUUCGUUGUCUCUUUACUAGGUCGAGAAUUCCAGACGCGGUAUUUCAGCCACGGCCUGGAGAUCAUGAAAAGUAUGGAGGUGACCCUGAGGAGCCCCACAAAAUCCAUGUUGUUACUAGGAUAAAAAGUGUCAUUGGUCGCCCAUACUGGGAAAAGAAGAUAAUACGCGAUCUGGGACUGGAUAAAGCACAUCAGCCAAGACUGCACAAAAAUAUCCCUUCUGUGAAUUCCAGACUGAAAGUUGUUAAACAUCUGAUAAGAAUACAGCCACUGAAACUACCCCAUGGGCUGCCAACAGAAGAGGAAGUGUCCAGCACCUUUCUGACAACCAGGGGAGAGCUUGUCAUUAAAAAGCGCCUGAAACCUGUGGAGCAGAAAGAAAUUAAGUCAUAAGGUGUGCUCGUUGGAUUUAGAUUUUAUAAAAUAAAUAUUUUAAAUCUCCAGUUAAGAGUUUGUGUAUGAAAUGUAAAAAUUCUUACUCCGGUAUGAAUGGCAAAGGUGAUACUGAUGCUUAAAGAAGAUAGGAAAUUCAAUGUU